CCGCCUCUUCCUUUCCCGGGCUGUGACCACGCGCGGCGAUUCCGCUCACUCCCUUGGCCGCCCGGUGGGCCCUCCCCGCCAUUGUAGGAGGCCGCGCCCUGCCCCAAGCGGUCAGGCCGGUAGCGAGAAGCUUGGCUCCUGUCCGGUGGCUCUGAGCGGCGUGGUGGCUGCGGGUUCUUCCUGGAGGAGCGGAGACCUGGCUGGAACGCAGGAAGGGCAGGGGGAUCGCAGCUUCCUCUUCGGAGUAUUGUCUAGUCAUUAAUUAUGUCUGACAACGGAGAGCUCGAAGACAAGCCACCAGCUCCACCUGUUCGGAUGAGCAGUACUAUCUUCAGUUCAGGAGGAAAAGAUCCUUUAUCUGCUAAUCAUAGCUUGAAACCUCUACCUUCGGUACCAGAAGAGAGAAAGCCUAGGAACAAAAUCAUCUCCAUUUUCUCCAGCACUGAAAAAGGGAGUAGGAAAAAGGAAGAGAGACCUGAAAUCUCUCCUCCAUCAGAUUUUGAACAUACUAUUCAUGUUGUUGAUGCAGUUACUGGGGAAUUCACUGGAAUGCCGGAGCAGUGGGCUAGGCUGCUACAGACGUCAAACAUCACAAAAUUAGAACAGAAAAAAAUCCCCAGGCUAUUAGAUGUUUUGAAAUUCUAUGAUUCUAAAGACACAGCAAAACAGAAAUAUUUGAGUUUUUCUGCUACAGAUAAGGAUGGAUUUCUUUCAGGAGCAAUAGCACUUAAUGCUAAAAGGUCAGAGCCUUCAACAGCAGCUGAAGAGGAAGAGGAGGAUGAAGUGGCUCCUCCAGUUAUUGCUCCAAGACCAGAUCAUACAAAAUCGGUUUAUACACGAUCAGUAAUAGAUCCCAUUCCAGCACCAUCUGGCGAUCUAAGUGACAAUGCUAAAUUAGCUGAUAAACAGAAAAAGAAAAACAAGAUGACAGAUGAAGAGAUCACAGAAAGAUUACGAACAAUUGUUAGUAUAGGAGAUCCCAAGAAAAAAUAUACCAGAUAUGAAAAAAUAGGACAGGGGGCUUCUGGUACCGUUUUCAUUGCAGUAGAUGUUGCGACAGGACAGGAGGUUGCUAUAAAACAAAUAAAUCUACAGAAACAACCCAAAAAGGAGUUGAUUAUCAAUGAAAUUUUGGUAAUGAAAGAGCUGAAGAACCCAAACAUAGUCAAUUUUCUAGACAGUUAUCUGGUUGGAGAUGAACUUUUUGUUGUAAUGGAGUAUCUGGCUGGUGGAUCCCUUACUGAUGUAGUUACAGAGACUUGUAUGGAUGAGGCACAGAUUGCUGCUGUCUGCAGAGAGUGUUUGCAGGCACUUGAAUUUCUACAUGCCAACCAGGUGAUUCACAGAGAUAUUAAAAGUGACAAUGUGCUUUUGGGAAUGGAUGGUUCAGUUAAGCUGACUGACUUUGGGUUUUGUGCUCAGAUAACUCCAGAGCAAAGCAAACGGAGUACAAUGGUUGGAACACCAUAUUGGAUGGCUCCUGAAGUGGUCACACGGAAGGCUUAUGGCCCUAAGGUGGAUAUCUGGUCUCUAGGUAUUAUGGCUAUUGAAAUGGUUGAAGGUGAACCUCCCUAUCUCAAUGAAAACCCUUUGAGGGCAUUAUAUUUAAUAGCAACUAAUGGCACCCCCGAGCUGCAGAGCCCAGAGAAACUGACUCCAAUAUUCCGUGACUUUUUAAAUAGUUGUUUGGAAAUGGAUGUAGAGAAAAGAGGGUCAGCCAAAGAACUACUACAGCAUCCUUUCUUGAAAUUGGCAAAACCUUUGUCAAGUUUGACACCACUGAUUCUAGCAGCCAAAGAAGCCAUGAAGAGUAAUCGCUAGCAUUGCUGUUGUGUUCUUCAUCAUUCCUGGUUUUGUUUGUUUGUCUGCUUUGUUUUUUGUUUAAAUCUUCCUAUAAUAUACAAGUUGUUGCUCUUGUUAGAGAUGUUGAAAAUCCGCAGAAGGGAAAAAUUCACCUCAGCUCUAAGAUACAAGAGAAGAAAAAUGGUGAUAAUAGUGAACUUUUCUGCUAGUCUUGAAGAAGUUGUAAACUGAAUCACUGGCCUUUUUACAACUUCUAUAGACAACUCAAUAUUUUGCUAUGCCAAUGAGUUGUUUUUCAGUGACUUUGCUGUACCAGUUCCCAUCUGUGUUCUGAUUUGAACAUUUGCAAUACUUGAACAAUCGAUUCAAGCUUUUAGAGGGAGGUAUUACUGUAAUCUGCUAACCUUUUUUCACCUUAGGUUACUCAAGACAGAUAGAAAUGUGAAAGUUCCUCUUUCUCCUUUUAAUAUGCAGUUAGGUAUAACCCUUAUGUUAACCAUCCAGAUACCUGGGGACUGUAAUUAUUCAGUAACAGUUCUGAAACAAAGAACAGAAAACGGAGUGAAAAGAAAGCAGCUCAGCACAACUGGAUGUAGAAAUUUGUGCAUGGACUUUGUAAAAUAAGGGAAAGAUGCCUCUGAAUGUUAGAGGGCAAAUGCCUGCUGGGUAAUGGGAAAAAAUAUUUUCUUUUCAGUAAUGAAACCAUCCUUUGAGCUUGGGGAGAAAACCCCCACUCCUAUGAAUUGUCUUCCAUUUGUUCCUUGCCUGUGUAGGCUGAUUGGUAACCUUUUAAAGGGAUAUCUUGGAAAAUGUGUUGUUUUAUAGCAAAGUGCUUUAUCCAUGUUCUGACUUGGGCUAUGGGCUACAUGCUGGUGCCUUCUGAUUUUUAAAUUACCUUUCUUUGUAUUAAAUACAUUUUGUAUAUGUUGUACAUUUUCUCUCCAAAACAAAUUUAAAAUUGUCAGGACUAAGAGGUUUCUUUCUUUAUAUAUAUAUAUAUAUAUAUAUAAAUAUAUUCAUACUAUUUCUACUAAUAAAAGACCUGGAAGAUUUGCAAAAGAUCCAAGAUUUUUAUACGAUUCAGCUGACUAAAGCCUCAGAACACCGGAAGUGCUAUUUUAUACAGAUAGAAAUGGGAGAGGGAAUAAUUUAGGUUCAAAAUUAUUGGAACUGUCUUGUGAGUGACUAAGAAACUUUGUCUUGGUGAUUCUUAGUAAAAAACUUUACUAAGGAGAAAAAAAAAGAUAAAGUGCCUCUCAUGAUAAAAGAAACUGAUUAGAUUAAUAAAGUAAGCCAACAUCUGGUUAAAUGGGGCAAGAUUUGGAGUUUCACAUUGCUCAAAUUUAAAAUCACUGUAUUUUUGUGACUUUGAUAGAACAUUUCUGAAUAAUAAUGUGCCAAAUAAUAAUGUAAGACAUUAUUUAAUUUGGUGCUACAGUUUUCUUGCAUUCCUAGAUAGUAUUUUUGGGAGAACUUCUGAAAGUCCUAGUUAAGAGGCUGCCUCUUGUAGCUUUUCUCAUGGUCAGUGCUAAGCCCUUUUUCUAUUUGUGAACAAUAUUCAAAUACGAAGAUCAUGAUGAAGGUAUUGUAAAAUGGCUGCUGGCCAUAUUCCAGGUUUUGGUCCACAAUAAUACAAAGGGCUCUAAUUUUUUUACACCUUGGAACUUUUUUUGCUUUCUGAUUGAUACCAGCAAUGCCUUAUUAAUGCAACUAAAACAAUUCCACACUUGUACAUCCAUAUCUUGUCAAAAGUAUUACUCUAAAAAUCGUGUAACAAACCAGUCUAUUUAUUUUCAGAAUAUUUUGAAUGUGCUUUGGUUUGGUCCAAGAGGGUGUCAUGUUCUAGUCUGAGAUGUAUUUUUAAGUCCAGUUCCUUCUUUUAAAAAUGGCUUUCAAUGUUAAUACAGAAGUUAAAAUAAUUUUGAUCUUAUAUUGAUAAAUUUUUAAGACGUUAAAAAUUCCAGUUAAUUUAAUCUUUUAUUGGGUCUUUGUCUGUUGCUGGCAAUGGAAUAUGUAGAAAUGAAGGCUUCUAUGGAUAUGUAUGUUUUAGUGUUUUUUUAUAACAGUAUGAAAAGGUAGUUCCCUUCAGAAUACUUAAAAUUCUUAAUGUUUAUUGUCAUAAUAAAAUGGAUUUUAGUAGAUAAUGAACUGAAUUUUAAUGAUGUUUUUCAAAUGACUCAAAAAUUUCUUACAAUGGAAUUAACACAGGAGUUGAAAUAUGUUGUACACUUAUUACUUUGCCUGAAGGUAUCCAAGUACUCCAAAUUGUGUCUAUUUGAUAUUCUUAAAAUGUAAUAUACAGCUAAUAUAAUAAUUAAAUUUUGUGCCCAUUGUUCAUUCAAAAAGAUUGAAAUCAAUUGAUGGGAACAUUCCAUUAGAUAAAUAAAACAACAAAGUUUUGUUUGUAAUUUGUAUACUUUGGAUUGAACAUACGUUACUUGUUUCAGACACAGAAGUAGAAAUUACAUUAAUCAGAUUUUCAGGAAUAAAAUGAAUAAAUAUUGGCUGCUUCAUUCAGUCAUGAAAUACAUAUUUCUGAAACAUAAUUAGUGUUGGUCAACUUAAAACAUUGAGCCAGAUUGAAAUUUAAAACUCCAUCUUAAAGCAAUUUCCUAAAUCAAAAUACUGUUUUGUGGAAAUUGCUGAAGAGAGAGAGGAGAUUUUAAUUGGAUAACUUUAUGUAUUUGUCACUUUAUAUGACAAAAAGUUCAUGAGUAUAUGAGUUCAUAAACAACUCAUCACUUCCAUCAAAUAACUAAAUCAGUUUUUGGAUCUUAGGCAAGAUUGCCAUGUAUGUUUGAUGGUGUGAUACUGUAAUGAGAAAACAUAUUUCAUUAAUGCAAGGUUAUCUGGAAUGUUUAGCUCUUAUUCUCCCCCCCCCCCUUAAUGUAAAGUGAAGCAUGUUUGGUUUGGGUGGUGUCAUUCAUCAUUUGAAAUUACAUCCAGUUAACUUAAAUUAUCAGAGUCAAUUCACUUUUCUGUUUGAGUCAAUUAAGUGCUGAAGAAUUUGUUUUUGUAGCUGGAAUUAAUGAUUUCUUUAUUUGUUCCUUUCUUAUGUCAGAUGGAGAUGGAAAUAAUGCAAGCUUUUAAUUUUUUUAAUUGUCCUCAAAUUUUGUAUAAUUUAAUCUCAUUCUGUUAUUUAAUGUUACCACGAUAUUAACUACUGUAUUGUCUAUGUUUAAUGAUUCUUUCAGGGCUAGAAAUAAACAUUUUUAAAAUGA